ACAACAACAAAAGACUGGCUCCUUUGUCCAGCUGCCCGUUAGCUAGUCAGCCAGUCUGUCCUCUCAGGGACAAUAAACUGCACGGGUAAACUAAACACAGUCGCUUGAUUGUGGUCGGAAGUCUGUUCCUGUCGGCAAGAAGGACACACCUUUGUGUUUCCUGCUUCUGUUUCCUCCUCAGAGAAACUUUGUUGUCAUCAUGGCUCAGACUGUAGACGGAGACGAGCUUUCUCUCCCGAGUGAGGCCGGAGAGGAGCCUCUUCAUGUCGGCGAGAAGAGUGCCCCCAGCCGGUUGGAGUCUUGUUUGGAUCAACCGAUGGGUUCAGGCAGUGUCCAUGAAGACAUCAAGUACACGCCCUCUCCACUGCCAGCCACACAUUAUGACGCUGACACCACCGAACCAAUCAGCUGUGGUCUUCAGACUUUGGAGGAGCUGUUGUCGUGGAAACGAAGCGAGGCAAACCCCUUUAAUGUGGCAGUGGUCCCUCUGGCACCUCGGGAUCCUCCUCUGGCCAGCAGUCAACGUCGGACGCUGGUGUCUCAUGACAUGAUGGGCGGAUACCUGGAUGACCGGUUUGCCCAGGGGACCAAAGCAGAUGCUCCGUAUGCCUUCUACCACUGGCCCUACAUUGAUAUUUUCAACUACUUCACACACAAGCUGGUGACCAUUCCUCCUGCAGUUUGGACCAAUGCUGCACAUAAACAUGGAGUGAUUGUCCAGGGGACAUUUAUCACAGAGUGGACUGAUGGAGCUGUGAUGUGCGAGGCCUUCCUGAAAGACGAGGAGUCGUACCGGGCGGUGGCUGAUAAACUCGUCCAGAUCAGCCACUGUUACGGCUUCGACGGCUGGCUCAUUAACAUAGAGAACGCCCUCAGUGAGACGGCGGUGAAGAACACGCCAUUGUUUCUGCGCUAUCUGACUGACCAGAUGCAUGAGCGGGUGUCCGGCAGCCUGGUCCUGUGGUACGACAGUGUGAUCCAGACCGGACAGCUGACGUGGCAGAAUGAACUCAACCAGCAUAAUAGGGUGUUUUUCGAUGCUUGUGAUGGUUUCUUCACCAACUACAACUGGACAGAGCAGAAUCUGGAGUGGAUGGCGGACUACAGUGGGAUCCAGGGUCGCCAGGCUGACGUCUUCAUUGGAGUGGACGUUUUCGCUCGAGGCAAGGUGGUGGGAGGAAUGUUGGAAACAAAUAAGGCACUGGAAGUCAUUCGGAAGCACAACUUCUCAACAGCCAUCUUUGCUCCGGGAUGGGUGUACGAGACCCACGAGGACAAGACUGAAUUCCGCAAAAAUCAGGACAAGUUCUGGGCUCUUCUGACAGACUACCUGUACAUCCAUCGACCUGCCUCGCCUCUUCCGUUCAUCUCGUCUUUCUGCCAGGGCUUUGGGAAGGCCAUCUACAGGAGAGGACAGCUUGAGUCCAACAGUGGCUGGUUCAACCUGACUGCCCAGGAGAUUCAGCCCUUGUACUACAACAUGAAGCUGGAGGACCGGGGCUGGCUGUGCAGUCGCGGCUGCCCCGAGGAUGCCUGGAACGGAGGCUGCUCACUGCUGCUGGACGGACUUAUCCCCGUCACUCAAAUGUCGCCAGUUUCUGCCAGGAUCUUCUCCCUCCACGUACCCCUGGCAUCCAAGACUCUGGUGACCCUCAUCUACAAGCCAUCUGCUGGGAUCACAGUGUCCCUGGAGCUGAAGACCACAGACGCUAGUCUUUGCACACACAUGGAUGUCCAGGAUGUCAAAUCCACUCCCAGUGUGUCUCCUGUGGUCCAGGACGACGGGCUCCAGGUGAUGAGCCACUUCUCACAGCUGUGUGGAAACCUGGGUCCAGACGGUUGGACUGUGGGGUGUUCACAGUUGGAGCUUCGUGGCUGUUCUCUGAGAGAAGUUUGUCUGAACAUCCAGAGGAACGGAGAGCCUCAGGACACACCGUUCAGCUGCAGGGUGGGAGAAAUCAUGCUGCUUGAUGAUGCAGGUCUGCAGGCUCCCCCUCAGCUCGUAAAGGGCUUGUGCAUUUAUGACGUGGUGUGGCUGCGUGGUGCUGGUUCCUCUGCAGAGUCUACCUCUACCUGCCUACGCCUCAAUGCCACUCUGCAAUGGGAUUACCCAAUCGAGCUUGUGCGCCACUUCAGGGUGUACUGGCGGCGGCUGAGAGGACCUGAUCCUAGAGUCCCCCCGGGUCAGCUGGCUCUGGUGGGCCGGGCGUACUCUAAUAUCUUCAGAGUAACAGAGCUGGAGGUGCCCGAAGCACCCGGCCUGCUGGAGGUGGUGGUGGAGCCGGUGAUCAAGAAGGGCUUCCUGCUCCCAGAGAGCCACUGGGGAAGGAGAAGCCUCAGCUACUCUUAAGAAUUAACACGAUGACUGCUAUCAGGACUCUUUACUCAGUGGUGCUGCAAUCCUGGUCCUAAUGACCUUCUCAAGGUCCGGCACUUCAGUGUCCUCCAGUUUGCUUUCCCCCGCUUAAUACCUUAAUAUCUCAAUGUUACUAUAUUUCACAUUGAUGCUAAUGUGCUGGAAUGAUUACGCCUUGCAACUACUUGAACCGAUCCUAGGUUUUCUUUAAUAAAACAAAAGGUCCACAUACAGGGGUUAUCGACCAGAGCCAGUUCCUGGCCGGUGCCCAAUUGCGAACGGUUCUUUGGUUUUCCACCGCCAAAGAGCCGGCUCCCGGCUGGGAAAACUGGUUCAACAGCGAAUGGCCAAAAAAGUCAUACCAGGGGCAUCAGGGGCUGGGGGGUAUCUGACCAACAGGACCAACUCGGUGCGUUGAGAGAGACCAAAUAAAACGUCUAUCAUUCAUUUAUUUGAUUUGAUAACUGCAAUGUGAUUGAUACGGGCAAGCUAGCGUGCUAACAUUAGAGAGCUAUCGCUAGUGUGCUAACGUUAGCAGGCUAGCAUUACCUUACAACAAAGUCCAACAUUAAUGUCUUAUGUUAAGUGUUAAUAAGAAUGUAUUCGCCGUCCACAGUGAUCAAAUGGAGCAGCACAGAUGUGUUGUAGAGACAUGUAAUCUGCCGUUGUUGUUGUACUUGCUGAGAGGGCAGAGACAUAUAGACGUUAACAGUGACGUAAUGACGUGGCUCCAGAGCCUGUGGAAACAAACAGACAGGUUCGGAGAUGGUUCACAAGUUGAACCACACGAGCACCGCCUCCAAACUGGCCGGGAACUGGUCAAAAAAGGGUAAUAACAAGAAGAUUUUUAUCAGGGGUACAGCUGAAAUCAUAAGAGCUAGACAAGCUAGACCUGACUCUGCCCAGACGUUUGUUAUUUUUACUGUAUUUGGUAACUCACUGCUGGCUGUAGCUUCAUAUUUACUGCUUUUUUUAAUCCUCAUAUAACUCUUAACGUGUUACCCAAAAUGUUGAACUAUUCCUGCUUCGCUACAUUGUCCUUGUUGUAUGUUCUUGACCAAAGAACUGUGUGCUAUG